UGUGUGCAUCGCAUUUCUGGCCUGGUAGGUGGAUGGGCCAGGGUGGUGUGAUAUGGAAUAAAAGGGACAAUGGUAUCUUUGUAAUGAAACUCUCAGUAUUUCAGCACUGCCCUCGAAGCAAAACCUCCAGACACUGUAAAUCAGGCUUACUCACCAUUUCAGAGGAGAUCAAGGAAGAGGUCUGUCUAUAUAAGGAGUGAAAAGCUUUGGUCAGCUUGAGGUGGGGGCACACUGGAAGAGUUUCUUGUGUGGUCUCCACACCAAGCUGCAGGGCGGCCCGCGUGGCCGAGAUGCCACUGUGUGCCCUGCCAGUCGGCGGUGGAACCUGAGGGGCAGGAGGUGCCCACUGAGUGCAGAGGGCAGAACGCCAAGCACCCCGACCACGACAUGAACCUGUGCUGGAACGAGAUCAAGCGCAAGUCCCACAACAUCAGGGUGCGGCUGGAGGCCUUCUCAGACAACAGCGGGAAGCUGCAGCUCUCUCUGCAGGAAAUCAUCGAAUGGCUGACGGCCAAAGACGAGGAGCUGUCUGAGCAGCUGCCCAUAGGGGGCGAUGUUGGGGCAGUGCAACACCAGCGGGAGUUUCACCAGGCCUUCAUGGAAGAUGUAAAGUCCAGGGGGCCUUUCAUCUACUCAGUUCUGGAGUCUGCCCAGGCCUUUCUGGCCCAGCAUCCAUUCCAGGAGCCUGAGGAGACGCUGCCAGAUGGCAAAGAGGUGUCUCCAAGGCGGCGGAUGCUGAAUGUGAGCCGCUCAGUGUGGAAGCAGGCCAACGUGGCCAGCGAUCUGUGGGAGAAACUGACGGCGCGCUGUGUAGACCGGCACCGACACAUGGAGCGCACUCUAGAAAGGCUUUUACAGGUCCAAGCGGCUAUGGAAGAGCUGGCUGGGGCUCUGGAGCAGGCCGAAGGAGUGAGAGAUGCUUGGGAGCCUGUGGGAGAUCUCUUCAUCGACUCUCUGCAAGAUCACAUAGAUGCAACCAAGCUGUUUAAGGAAGAGCUGACCCAAGUCAAGGAGGGUAUGAAGCACAUCAACGACCUGGCCCACCAGCUGGCCAUCUCUGACGUGCACUUGUCCAUGGAGAAUGCCCGUGCCCUGGAGCAUCUCAACAGCAGGUGGAAGCUGCUGCAGGGCUCAAUUGAAGAGCGCCUGAAGCAGCUGCAGGACGCCCACAGAGACUUUGGCCCUGGAUCACAGCACUUUCUCUCCAGUUCUGUGCAGAUACCUUGGGAGCGUGCUAUAUCCCCCAACAAAGUGCCAUACUAUAUCAACCAUCAGGCUCAGACAACCUGCUGGGAUCAUCCAAAGAUGACAGAAUUAUAUCAAGCACUGGCGGACCUGAACAACAUCAAGUUCUCCGCAUACCGGACAGCCAUGAAGCUGCGGCGAGUGCAGAAAGCUCUGAGAUUGGAUCUGCUGAAGCUGACGAGUGUGAUCGAGGUGUUCAGAGAACAAGAGCUGCAGCAUGGUGAAUAUGUGAUGGACGUGGUGGAGGUGAUCCAUGCCCUCACUGCCCUGUAUGAAAGACUAGAAGAAGAGCGAUCUGUACUCAUCAACAUCCCCCUCUGUGUGGACAUGUGCCUCAACUGGUUACUCAAUGUCUAUGACAGUGGUCGUAAUGGUAAGAUGCGGGUGCUUUCCUUCAAGACGGGAAUAGUGAGCCUAUGCAACACAGAUGUCCAAGAGAAAUACAGAUACUUAUUCAGACAGGUUUGUGGGCCGAAUGGUCUGACAGAUCAGAAGCACCUCAGCCUGCUGCUGCAUGAAGCCAUUCAGAUCCCCCGCCAGCUGGGUGAGGUAGCAGCCUUUGGGGGAAGCAAUGUGGAGCCCAGUGUCCGGAGCUGCUUCCGCAUGGCCCCAGGGAAGCCAGCCAUUGAGGUGUCACACUUCCUUGAGUGGAUGAGUCUGGAGCCACAGUCAGUAGUGUGGCUUCCUGUACUACACCGCGUGACAGUGGCUGAAUCUGCCAAACACCAGGCGCGCUGCUACAUCUGUAAACAAUGCCCUAUCAAGGGCUUCAGGUACCGGAGUCUGAAACAGUUCAAUGUGGACAUCUGCCAGACGUGUUUCCUUACCGGCCGAACAACCAAAGGCAAAAAGCUACACUACCCCAUCAUGGAGUACUACACCCCGACCACCUCAGGGGAGAAGAUGAGGGACUUUGCGAAGACUCUGAAGAACAAGUUCCGAUCAAAGCAGUACUUUAGCAAACAUCCUCAGAGAGGCUACUUACCCGUGCAGACUGUCCUGGAGGCAGAGAGUGGCGAGACGCCUUGUUCCUCUCCCAGGCUACCACAUGCGGACACACACAGCCGGAUUGAGCACUUUGCCAGCAGGCUGGCAGAAAUGGAGAGCCAGAGCUGCUCCUUCUUCACUGACAGUCUCUCUCCUGAUGAAAGUCUGGAUGAAGAUCAGUACCUCCUACGUCACUCCAGCCCCGCCUUGGAGCAGGAUUCUCCGCCAGGCCCACACCUCCUAGCCCACCUCGACUGCCACAACAAAGAGGAGCUGCAGCGCACGCUGGUCCGGCUGGAAAAUGAGAACAGGAUGCUGCAGGGUGAGUACCGGCGGCUAAAGUGGAAACACGAGGAAGCGGCAGCGGCUCCGCAGCUGGUGGAGGGUGGCGCGGGCUCGCCGGCAGGUCAACAGGACGAGGAGCUCCUGGCUGAGGCUCGAGUCCUCCGGCAGCACAAGAGCCGCCUGGAGACGCGCAUGCAGAUCUUGGAGGAUCACAACAAGCAACUGGAAUCGCAGCUCCGCAGGCUCCGAGAGCUACUGCUGCAGCCCAAAGAUGACUCAGAGGCCAAUGGGUCAGCGCCAUCUUCUUUGUCUUCACCUGUGUCUGCAGCUCACCAGGGGGAGCCACCGAGCAGAGAGACCACAGACACAGAGGCUGCAGGAGAGGAUCUGGACCAUGAGCAGGACACAGUGCUGCAGCUGCAGGAGGUGAUUGAGCAGCUGAGGAACGUCUUCCCGACCGAGCCAGGCCAGUGACCAGCCUGAACCACCACAGAGCGGCCUGCCGUUUCCUGGGUACCACAUUGCUCAUCUAACCCUAGGUUUUGUCUGGAGUAUGCAAAGCAGAUAGACAGACAAACACAGAUGGGCUCAGUAGAUCAGAGGGUUCUUUUCCCUGUCCUCACUGACUUCUGCACUGCAGCCUAAAAAGCUGAAGACAUGAGUGAUAACUAACAUUCUCUUGGUGCCAAAGGCCAGCGCUUGAUCCGUCCACUGUGCUAACCAGCUGCCUGUAGUAACGGCAGGCAUGUGUGGCUUCUUCAGUACAGCACAACAACCUCUCCACAAACAAUGCACAGAGAGGAGAGGAAGUCCCUUGUACUUAUACCCUGUGCCAGCAACUUCAGUUUAUGACUUUUUUUUUCUUUUUUUUUAAUCAUGUUUACUGUUUUUCUGUUUAUUGCCAGCUCAUGCAUUGAAAUAUUCACACAUAUACAGUCUGGACCCGACUUUGUGUGGCCUCUGCUCUGAGCAGAGAGGAGCAGAUUGCUGAGAGCCAGCGGGACAAGCAUAUUUGCUCUGUAGGGUUGACACAUCAUCAGCAGAAACCACCAUUUAUUCACUAUGGUCAUAGUCCUGUAUUUGUGCUCUUGACUGCUCCUAGCUACAACUGUGUGCCCCCCCCAACUCCUUCACUGUCUCUCUCUUUUUCUCUCUCUCUCCCCCAUCGUAUUUGCCGCUCUUGCCUCUGUUAUUAUGCCUCGCUCACAUUCAGUUACCCACAAACAUAUCACUGCUUAUAUACAAAGGAUCUGCAAAGAGAUAAGCGGCGAUUUUACGGCUCUCCGGUUUUCGUGGAGCAGGGGGAAGGUCUCAUGGCGAGGGAGAUUUGUAGCACAACACAGCACUUGCUUUGUUGUGAAAGCUUUCGCCUAAGAAACGACAGGCCUCUGCUGUGCACUGUGCAGAAGGAUGGCAGCCCCAGGCUAGAGCAGCAGCAGGUUGGCCUGAUCCCCCGAAAACCUGCACCUCCAAAGCCCAUCGGGGACUGACACACUUCAGACACAGCAUAGCCUUUGCACCUUAACUCCUGCAGACAGGGCAGCGAGCAUCUCAUAAACAGAGCUAGCCUUAGAUCACCUCUCCCUCUUUCAUUUUGUCUUCUUCUCAGUUCCACUGUCUGAGGAGAGGAAAGUGAAAAGCGAGUGAUGCAGGAUUAUUUUACAUUAUGGUUAAGGAGGCGGACAGCAAAUUGAUCCCACUCUUUGUAAGCACACAGAACGAAAAAAGGCUUUUUGUAGAGCGAUUUAUAGGGGGCUGUCAGAUUUGUAUGAGAAGAAGAAAUUUGUUGGGAGAGGCAGCAGCACUGGAAUACCAUGAGAGAGAGAAAUAGAGAGAUGCAGAGAGGGGGAAUAAAAAUGGGAUCAGAGAGAAAGAGAAGGUGAGAGAUGAAAGUUGCAAGUAAGAGAUUGGCUGUGUAAAUAUUCACUUGGGUAGGUUUAGCCGUAGCAGCCCUGUAGGUGUCAGAUUAGCUGCUGCUGGGAGAGGGAGAGUGAGGAAAAGAGAGAGAGCGAGAGAGAGAGAAAAAAAGAAAGAAGGAACAGAUAGAGAAUGUUCUCUGUUUGUUCCAGCAAACGCUCUGAAGUCAUUAUCUCCUGUCUCAAGAAGCAGUGCCUGCUUCUCCACCUUUCCCUGAAAAAAGCCUUCUAAAGCCUGAUUUUUCAGGGCACAGAUUUUUAGUUUGAAUCCCAUUGCACAUUCUCCAGGCCUCUCCUUGAGGCAGAAUGUUCGCAUUUGACAUCACUGUGCACUGAACUGUCUGUUUAUUUUGAUGCGGUUGCUAGGGAACUGUCCCAGAGGAACCGGUUGCUCUCUGGAAAGGUGGGGCAUCGUUCAUAAUAGAGGAAAUGCAAAUAAGCAUAUGGAAAGAGAAGGAGAGAGACAGACAGAGGAGACAAGUAAGAGAAUGUGUGAGAGGUGCACACCUCCCCCACCCAAGCUGCCUGUCACUGUUUAGCUGGCAUGGCUCUUCAUUAAAAUCAACAUCUGUUGCAUCCAGCAGGGACACCUGUUAUCGUACUGAACACACUUUAAGAGAAAGAACACAAUGCACUUACACACAAACUCCAUGUUUUUGUCUUAUUCAUUUUUACUGUUUAUUCAUAUGUCAGAUCCCAUAUUACAUAUGCAGGAAAGAACUUUUUUCUCCCAUGGUCAGCAUUAUAAUCAACAGAUCUUUUUCCUUCCUGAAGCAUACUGGCACAGGAAUGUCAUAAUCUUUGUGACAGUGAAAUGGUGAGACCAGACAUGGUAGCAAAUCAUUUACAUCAUCACUAUGCUUUGCUAUAUUUACCUUCAGUUUCUGCCAGACGUUUCCACAAUUAUUUUUUCCUCGAGCUUAUACCGGCUAUUUCUCCACAGUUUACUUAUUUCCAAAAUGAGAUUUAAUGACUCUCAGUAGGUGUGCAGCCUCUGGGAUUUGUAGCAUGACUGGAAUGGUCUCGAAAUGACGUGGUACUACAUGCCAUUGCUAAGGGCUGUCUCUACUGUUUUUAGCUCCACUAAUGAACGCAUUCAUUAUUUUGGUUUGUAAGUAGCAGACCUGAGGUCACGACACCUAUGCUGGCCUUGGCCCCCGUUGGUCAGCAGGCUUGUUUUCUCACUAUGAUACUGGGCAUUGAUUUAACCUCUGAACCUGUGAUGUUACUUACAUCUGUGUUGCAUUUUUUCAUGCUUUUACUUGAUAAGUACAGACAUUUCACUUAGUCUGUGUUCAAGUGUUUAUCAAUUUGUAAUGCACUCUUACUUUUUUAUUACAUAAUACAUUGUCUGUUUGUUUCCCUUGUUUUUAAUUUAUAUAAAAUGUUUGUGAAAUCAAAAGCUUUUUAAAAACGAAUGGGUUACUGGCUGCUUUCUACUCAUUGUGUACAGAGAAAUAAAUUUGUAUUUGUUAUACA